AUGUGCCCAGAUCUGAGCAGAGGCAUAAAAAAGGACAUCUGCGAGGGAGGAAGAGGCCAGCGCAGACAGAGACAAGCAGAAGAGACCCUAAGACCUUAUAUUGGCAGAGUACAGCCAGAAAAGCUUUGUGAGCUUCUUAAAUGCCACACUCCAGUGGGGUCUUGGUGCCAGGUGGUAAAAGACAAAGGUGUCCUUGUGCCAAAAUGCAUUUGCCCAAAGACCUGUUCAAGGCAGAGGGCGCAAGUGUGCAGCGUUGUGGGCAAGACGUACUGGAACAAGUGUUUAUUGCAUAAAGAAUCUUGUAGAAAGAGGCGGCGCACGGGACUGGCUCACGCAGGACCCUGCAUGGUUCCCAGGGCUAAUUGCACCCAGGAGGAGUUAGGCCAGUUUCCAUACCGCCUUCUGGACUGGUUUCUGCUGCUGAGCCGAAUGGGAGAGUCCUACGCACCUGACGCACCAACACAGAGCUGUCUCAGUCACGCGCAGAGGAUACAGCUCGCACAGCAAAGAUUUGCCUUACUGGAUCGGAACGCAGAUGGAAAGUUGAGCCGCAGAGACCUGAAGAAGCUGCAUUAUAAAAGGAUGCCUCUGGAGCACUGCGCUACAUCAUUUUUUCAAUCAUGUGACAGAGACAGGAACAGGAAGGUGACCCUGAGAGAAUGGACCAUUUGCCUGGUGGAUAACUCUGAAGCCUGGUUCUACCACUUUAUGUCUAUCAAAAUGGGUUCUCACAAGUUGUGUCCUACACGCAUUGAUGAUGACCUUUAA